AUGCAAGUAUUGGUUCAUUUAAUUGAAAAAUACGGAAAAAAUAUUUGGAAACCAUUAGAAAAAUAUAAAUUUUAUACCAAAUAUAUUUCAAAAAUUCAAAAAAAAAGAACAAUAUUAUUUUUUUUUCCAUUAAUAUCUGAAAGUUUUCUUAUUUUUUAUGUUAUAUUUUUUAAACUCAAAAUAUCAGCACUUCCAAUAUUUCUGUUUAUUUCUAUAUUUUAUAUGAUUAUAAUUUCUUUUUUUUCAAAAUUUGCACCAUUAAUUCAUGAUUUAUGUCAGAAAUUUAUUUACAUUGUGGCAUUUCCAUCUCUUGUGUUUUUGACUAAAACAAACUCUAUGCAAAUAUAUAAACAAAAUUUUAUCAUUUCAAUAUCUACUUAUAUUCUAGUAUUUCUUCAUUCUAACUUCAGUGGACUAUUUUUUUCUUUUGAUAUUAUUUAUUACAUUUUUUCUAUAUUACCAUCAGAUUUAUAUUUUUUGGCAUUAUUACAUUUUUCAAUAUUAUCAUUAAUGAAUAAUAUUGCAUUUCCAUCGUUGAAUAGAGAAGAAAUUUCACUUGUUUCUCAUGCUCUUACAGGUUUAUUACGGAACUUUAUUUAUUUUCAAACUAAUUUGCCUUGUGAAUUAUUUUUGAUUUUAGCAUUUUUUGGUCCUAUUGUAGCUAUUUGGCCAGCAAUUCCUUUUUUAAAAGAAUAUGUUAGAAUUACUCGGAUAUCUUGUUAUCGUCGUACAAGAACCAUGGAGACUAAACGCAUUAGAUAUGCUAUUUUCUCCUAUUUUUCUAUUGGAAUAUCUAUUUUUACAAUGCUACAAUUUGGAGUUAAAUCAUAUUUAACAGAACAUAAAAAUCUUAUUUUUUGGUUUAUAAAUUAUGUUAUGCAUGAAAAGGGUUCAGAAAUAAGACAAAAAAUAUUGCUUUGGUGGAUGAAUUGUUUGAUUUUUACUAUGUUAUUUAUAAAAAUAUUUCUUUAUGCACAGAAAUCAAAAAGGCAAAUAAAUAAUGAAAAUGAAAGAAUAUCUAGUAGUAAAUUAAAUAAAAGAAGAAAGCUUUUUCAUGGAUUAGUUAUAAUAAUGUUCCUUCCAACAUUAUAUUUGGAUCCUUUAUUUUCAAAUAUAUCUUUUUCUAUUACAUUUGCAUUGUUUUGUAUCUGCGAAGUCAUUAGAAUACUUGCAUUGCCACCAUAUGGAAUUUUUUUGCAUUCUUUUUUGUCCCAGUUUACUGAUGAGCGUGAUAAUAAAGGCAACAUUAUAGUUAGUUAUCUUUAUCUUCUUAUAGGAUGUGCCUGUCCAUUGUGGUUAGAUUUUAUUGGCAUUACAUUAGACGAACAAAAUCAAUAUCAGCUCAAAUUGAAAGCUAUUAGCGGUAUAUUGUGCUUAGGUUUUGGUGAUUCAGCAGCAAGUAUCAUUGGAAAAAAAUUUGGUAGAUUACAUUGGCCUAAUUCUAAAAAAACAGUCGAAGGCACCUUUGCAUUUGUUUUAGCUGUAUUUUUUGGCGGUGCAUUAGUAAAAUACAUGUGUUGGGUUAAUGAUGUUAUUAUACAACUAUCAUGA